CUUGUAUAUUAACACACGAUGCGGUUAAAGGCAUACUUUGGAACAUAAACUUUUUAUAAAAAAAUUGAUUUAAAUAAAAGCAUCUAUCUGCCACAUUUUUGUCAGAGUUAGCAUUAGUUAGCCAUACAAUCUACUCUCCGUCCUUUUGUUAUUAUAAUUUUACAGCACUUGUUACAUUUAUCCAUCUCAUUACAUUUAAACUUUAUUUUAUAUUUGUUUUAUAUUCACCAUGCCAUUUUUUAGGCGCGACAUUGCAUUGGGUCCAGAGGAUCCAAACGUUUUAGCUGAGGAGAUGUUCGGCAAAAUUAACAAUAAAAUUUGGGUGGUUAAAACCCUUGUCUAUAUCAGCACAGUUUUUAGUGGUGCGAUGGUCCUCUUUUUAACGAGCGUCUUUAUUUGGCGCCGAUCCCUGGUUAACCGCAUCUCUUUGCGCUUAAUCUUUUUAAUAUGCGUCAGCGAUUUAAUCCAGAGCAUAUUUACGAUUCGGUCGUUCACCGCUAAAACUUUGGUCAAGUGCCAGGUCAAUGGCUUUUUCAUAGAUUUCUGUGUGGCAUUAUCUGUCUACUUAUCCUCCGCGAUUGCAUUCAAUUUGCAAAUGGUAUUUCUGCGCUCCUCCCGCAAGCCGUUGCCAAAAUACACCGAAUAUCUUUAUUUCGCGGUUCCAAUCCUCGCAUCAGCCAUUCACACGAUUCCACAGUACGCCUGGGCUAUACGCCACGAUGAGUGCCACCCAUUGAACCCUAUAAUGCCGGGCACAAAGAAGUAUCUUAUCUACAUUAUCUUUGUUACCCUUUUGGUGCCGGCAAUCUUUGUCCUCUACAACGUGUUCACGUCUAUUAGGGUCAUCUUAACCCUUUACUUCAAGCAGCGCAAGGUCAGUCGUGCGCUGAAUAGCGCAUCUUUUGAGACGAAUCGGCUGCUCAAAGAUGCUUCGGAUAAGCCAACUUCCAUCAGCAAAAUAGGCAGCUCACGGCUUCAGGCCGUGCGCAGGGUGUACAGAGCCUGCAUUCGCAUAGCAUUGUACCCUCUGACUCCGAUUUUGUGGUGGAUAUUCAAUGCUACGUUUUACGGCGUUCAGUACCAUAUCACAAUGACAUACCAGUCGGACGUUUACACAAUGACCGUGCUCAUGUAUAUCAACUGGGUUGCGUUCCCGUCAAUUGUAAUCCUCAACUUUUUGGUGUUUCUGACCGACCCCGGC